GAAUUGGAAUCGAAAGAAGAAGAGAGAAGAAAGUGAAGAAAUGGCGUUGAGCUCGUUGACAUGGGGUUACGCACGGAUCAUAGCUGGUACACUUGUCGGCGGGGCUCUAGGAUUCUACGUAAUGCAUCGCAUCGAAGUUAGCUACAAGAUGAAGAUGGAGGAAGCGUUGAAGCAAUACGAGAAGGAAAAGCUGAAGAGACAAGAAGAAGAGAAUCUUAGUCUGAUCAAUGAAGAUUCCGUUUAGUCUUUUUUACUUAUUUAUUUGAGUUGCGUGGGAGCAUGCCUUCAAAGCGUUCGACGAAAUGCCCAACAUAUGUUUUAUGCUGUUUUCUCUUUUUUACUCUUUUUCGGUUUGGUUUGGUCAGCUGGCAUUAUAAAAAAAUGUUUCAAUUGACUUUGGUUUGAAAACUAAAUACCAUGAUAUGUAUUUUUAAGAAACAACUAAAUAAAUUCUUAGUACAUCAAAGUAGU